AUGGGCCAACAACAACACCCCGCCAUCCUCCUCCGAGCGGAGCAGAAGCCCCUCGAGCACCGCUCCUUUUCCCCCGCCGUCAUCCGCUCCCUCGUCGACGCCGGCUACCCCGUCUCGGUCGAGCGCUCCUCGACCGACCCCGACUUCCGGCGCAUCUUUGACGACGCCGAGUACGCGGCUGCGGGGGCCACCCUCGUCCCCGCCGGCGGAUGGCCCAAUGCCGCCCCCGGCACCCUGGUCCUCGGCCUCAAGGAGAUCCCCGAGGACGACUUUGCCCUGGCCAAUGACCACAUCGCCUUUGCCCACUGCUACAAGAACCAGGGCGGCUGGGAAAAGGUCCUCGCCCGCUUCCCGCGCGGCGGCUCCGUCCUGUACGACCUCGAGUUCCUCGUCGACGAGCAGGGCCGCCGCGUGAGCGCCUUUGGCUACCACGCCGGCUUCACCGGCGCCGCUCUCGGCGUCAAGGCGUGGGCGCGCCAGCUGUCCCACCCCGGCGAGAAGCUCCCCUCGGUCGGCAGCUUUACCGACGGCCGGGGCUACUACCGCAACGAGGACGAGCUGGUCGACCAGAUCCGCAAGGACGUCGAGGCGGGCGAGAAGGCGUUGGGCCGCAAGCCCACGGCCAUGGUGCUGGGCGCCCUGGGCCGGUGUGGAAAGGGGGCCUGCGACUUGUUCCUCAAGGCCGGCAUCCCCGCGGAGAACAUUACCAGAUGGGACCUGGCCGAGACCAAGGACCGGGACGGCCCAUAUGAGGAGAUUGUCCAACACGACAUCUUCCUCAACGCCAUAUACCUUUCCAAGCCCAUCCCUCCCUUUGUCAACGGCGACCUCCUCACCCGGGCAGGCCGCAAGCUGUCCGUGGUCGUCGACGUGUCGUGCGACACGACCAACCCGCACAACCCCAUCCCCAUCUACAGCAUCAACACCACCUUUGACGACCCCACGGUGCCCGCCGAGAUCAAGGGCGACCAGAACACGGGCCCGCUGUCCGUCAUCAGCAUCGACCACCUGCCCUCGAUGCUGCCGCGCGAGGCCAGCGAGGCCUUUAGCGAGGGCCUGCGCGAGUCGCUGCUCCAGCUCAAGGACCUCAAGACGUCGCGCGUCUGGGUGGAUGCCGAGAAGCUCUUCAACGAAAAGGUUGCGCAGCUGCCCGAGGCGCUGAGGGGGCCGCACAGGGGAUAG